CGAAGUUUUGGGCUCUGCAAGGACCCUUGGAUUACCUUGCGGGGCGGAAUCAGGAUUCGGUAACGGCUUUGUAAUCGCAGGAGCACCGGAGCAGCAGCUGCCCCCACAAGGAUACGAGCCAUUAAAGCGUGAACCGAUAAUAAUAAAAAAACAAGCAGGAACACAGCACAGAAUGGCUGCCACAGCAGCAGCAGCGGCUGCAACAGUGCGGCACAAAUGAAUGCAACCUGCCACAGCUGCGGCGCAAGCUGCUCGAGAUUCCAAGGAUGCCGGCGAUGAUGCUGCUGCGGCAGAUGAUGACGGUGAUGCUGCAGCCGAUGCCCAGUGCCAACCACAAGGGAUUCAACUAAGUGCCAAAGGCCACACACACAGUAGCGAAACGCAACAGGAGCCACUAGCCAGCAGCCAGGACUCUGCUCUCUCUCUCUUCUCUCUCCGCAGAACCAAAACUAAAUAUUAACUGGGAAAUCCUCCAGAUAUCCUUUUUUUAAUCUCGCAAGUGGCGCAGCCAACAUGAACGCCUUUUGGCUGCUGUUCCUGCUGGCCAACGGCGGCUGGGCAGCUCCCCCCGCCGCAGGGGGUAGCCAUCACCAGCAUCACCACCUGGAGAUUGGUGUAGAGGGUGAUAUGCCCACCCUGGUGGAUGCUCCACUGGAUAGCAAAAUAUUACGGACCACCAGCGCCAGCACUAGCACUAGCACUUCCCCAGGAUUAGAGCUCGGCUUGAGUAAGACUUUAGAGAGCAGCUCAUCCACCACCGAAGGGAUAGGCACCUCCCCGGAGAGCAGCACUGAAAGGAGCAGCCAGAGGAUCACAACUCCAGAGAUCGGCACUUCUGAAGGAAGCACUCAGAGGAGUUUCCCCGUGAGGAGCAGCAUCGAAAGCAGCUCCGAGAGAAGCACCACUGAAGGAAGCAUGGCCAUUCCACAGAGCAGCACUUCACCAAGUAGCAUCUCCGCCAGGAGCACCUCUAAUCCACCGCCAGCCACGAGCAAUGCCACCAGCAAUGCCACCACAGUAGCCACCACUCAGAAGGCCCAGACAGAGCUCCCAGCUGGACAGCUUCCGGCGAUGCAGCUGCUCGAUCUGGAGCACACGGCGGCUCCACCGCCUCUGGACAGUGGACACGAUGGCCUCAAGCUCACCCGCAAGAAGCAGCUGCAGCAGCAGCACUUUCUCCCGGCCACUACAGCCACCACGGCACCCAGGAGCCUCGAGACGGAGAUGGAGCGAAUACCCACCACUAGCACCACUAGCACCACUAGCACUACUAGCAGCACCACCAAGGCGCCGCACAGCCACCACAGCGGCUACCUGGGACCCAUUUUCAUGGGUGAGAAGACCUUUAGCGUGGUGCAUCCGCUGAAGAAACCUCAGCCGGGAAGCAGGAGCCACCAGCAUGUGGCCUCCAUUGAGAACCAGCUGAGAAAUGGCCAGCUGGUGGAGAUUCUGGCGCCCACGGCUCUGCUAGAGCAGCAGGAGGCGAUCUCGAGCACGGCCAUGCCGGCUCAGGGACAGGGACAAGGACAAGGAUCUGGUGGAGCGGCUGAAGCCAGCUCGGUGUCCACUACCGUGUUCCAGGUGCCCGAGCUGCAGACCAGCACCACUCGCCUGCCCAUUAGCGGCGAGCGCACCGAGUCCAAGAUCUCCGACAUCCAGAUCGAGGUCUACGACUCCACGGUGGACUCCAUUGUGGCCUCGACGAAUUUCCGCGACAGCGAGGGCUUCUAUCCGCCGCCUGCCCAGCCCCUGGAGGUGGUCACCUCCCGGCCAGAGUCGGUGCCAGCACGGCAGGAGCUGCCCCAGGAGAGGUUCACCCAGUAUGUGAUCGAUCGGGCGGAUGUGUCCACUCAGCCGGCCUCUGGUGGGGGCCUGGCUUCUCCGCUGGGCCAGCCGGAGCCGGCGGCCAUCGAGAUUCACAUCAAUGUGUCCGAGGCCUUUGGCAGCGAGAGCGAGGACCUUGAGUUUUCCUACCGGCAGCCCGAGAAGCCCAGCAAGCUGAGCGACGAGAUCUUGGUGGUGGAGAUCAUCGACAGCGGGGCGGACAACAGUAGUCAGGAGUCGGGAGGAGGAGGAGGAUCUACCUCCUCUUUAUCCGGUUCCUCCGAUCCGAUUUUCACCUUCCGCAACUCGGAUGCGGCGGCUGGUGCUCCGCCAGCGGUGCGUCCGCCGCAGCAGUCCUCCGUACAGGAUGCGGACGAGCUGUUCAUGGCCGAUCUAAAGGAUCUCAAGGAGGGCGUGGGCUCGGUGCCGCGGCCACCGCCACCACCGCCGCCGCCGCCGCUGCCCAGGAAGCCCAGCAUCGACCGCGACUCAGACACCAUCUUCUACAUCUCCAACACGGAAGUCAAGGUGGGCGAGAGCCUGCCCACCAGCCUGCCUGACCAGCAGCGCAAGUUCCAGCUGGAGAACCAGUUCUUCCCCGCAAGCUACGUGAUGGAUCAGUCGCCGAGAUCCUCGCCGGCGGCCCAGGAGGAGGACAUCAUCCUGUCGCCGCACCACAGCUCCGACUCGCUGAAGAUCUAUCGCUCGGACGAUGGCGCCCCGCCGCUGGAUGUCACCUACGUGGGCGAGUCGGUCAUCGAGGUGGAGCAGCAGCCGGCGAUGGGCUGGAGCAGCAGCUCCUCGACGUUGUCGCCGCCGCCUCAGCAGCAGCAGCAGCAGGACAUAGUUAUCCAGCCCGCAGUGCUUCCUGACCUGGCCAUUGGCGUGCCCGUAAUCGGUGAGCUGCCGCCACAGAUCGAGCUCAAGGAGAUCGACUACAUGCCCGGCGAACUGGGCAUGGGCGUCUACGAGAACGACAUUCAGGGCAACAGCAUCGACAGCGAGCCGGAUGUGAUCGAGAGCUCCAUUCAGUACGGCGGAGAUCUGAUAGACGAUGGCGCUGGCGGGGGCUUCGAUGGCGUCGAGGGCUCCUAUCCCUUCGAGAGCCCCGCCCACCGACAGCAGCAGCAGCAGCAUCAGCAGGGAUCCGGCUCUGGCCUGAGUCGCCUGCCCAGCCGCCACUCGGCCAGUCAUCUGCAUCGGGAGCAGCUGCCGGUGGCCGAAAUGGUGAAUGCCACGCUCCUCCAAAGGCUGGACUCCGGCUCAGGAUCCGGUUCCGGUUCGGGUUCAGGAUCAGGCUCUGCCUCGGCCAUGGCUCCUUUACUGGCUAGUGGCAGAUCCUCCUCCAAUGCCACAGCUCUGUCGGAGGAUCCUUUGGCUGAUUAUGAAGGUUUCUUCAAUCUGUUUGCCGUGUCCAUUGGCCUGGUUAUAGUAAUCUUGCCGUCGGCUCUGCUGGUGUCUAUGUACUGCGCCAUCAAGUAUGUGCUAAAUAAGAACUCGAUGGCGGGCGCGGGUGGCGCCCCAGGCGACGACAGCGAGCAGGGCCAGGACUCUGCCAAGCAUGAGGACAUCUCGCGCAACGCCCGGGAGACCAAGAUGCACACGGACAAGGACGGCGUCUUCGUUGUGGAGGUGGCCCGCGGCAUUGACUCCGGCUCCAAGCAGCCCGCUGAGCCAAAUGUCACCGGACUGGAUGCCACCGAGCUGCCCUUUGACACCAAAAUGACCGGCAAUGGGGUGCAUCUCCUGGCCGAGCACUCGCUGCCGCCGAGCCAUGAACAGGUGCAGAUCCAUGCUCCUCCCCAGGACUUUGCCGGCGGCCAUGCCGCUGCCCCGCUGCAUCUCAUCGAGGAGGCCGAGGAGCAGGUCAUUGAGGAGCAGGCAGGACCUCCGGCAGCCGAGAUUCGUGCCUGCACUGGCCUCUCGCAGUCGGACCUAAGUUCAACCUCGUCGGGUGAUUCCAACAAGCGCUACUCCUACGGCAACCAGGAGCUCUAUGUCAUCGAGCAGCCCGGCUAUGCCACCAGUUCGCCCACAGCUCAGCCCAUCCUAGCCAGCCCAAGGCCCGAGCAAGACCAGGAGAUGGAGCAGUCACCCGAGCACGAAGAGAAUCCGCCAGAAAAGCAGUCUGCAGGCGAAAGUAACGCAGAGAUUCCACCAGCAGAGCAGCCGGAAAAGUCACUUGACCUCCCAGAAUAUACAGACACGCAGCCGCAACUCAAGGUGGCAAGGAAUGAGCCCACCAAGGAGCAGCCAGAGCCAGAGCCAGAGCCAAAGCCGGAGUCCGACAUCGAACCUGAGGCCAACUACGACAGCCUGAUGAGCCUGCCUGCGCCACCAUCCACGGACGAGAUCAACUCGGAGCUCGGCGACUACGCGCUCCUGGAGUCCAAUCAGCUGGACAGCCUGCCCCCGCCGCCGCCGCCACCUUCGCAGGAGCAGCUCAUCACCACCACCACCAAGCCAGCAGCGGAGGAGGAAAAGCCCCUUAUCAGCAACGGGAAGGUGGAGGCCGAGGAGCCGGCCACCUUGACGCCACCAGCAUCCCCGCCAGCUUCGCCGCCGCCGUCGCAGAGCGGGAUCUACGGCAAUGGCAAUGGGCUGAGCAACGGGAUGCACUCCAUGGUCGAUGUGAAUGGCAGUUAAGAAAGGCGGCCAAGUGAAAAGGUGAGCGAUUAGCGGCGUUUUUUUUUUUCUUAUAGGGGACCUCAGAGAGGUCGAAGGAAAAGAGUUCUUAAAAACACACACACACACACUGAGCAGAAACUUUUUCCACUUACUGUUUGUUGAUUUUCCAAAUAUAUCGAGAUAAAAAUAAUAUAAUAAUAGUAAUUAAAGAGCGAUUAAUGCGAGUCAUAAUUAAUUGUUUAUUGUCUAUUUGCGGCUGGCAGCCUCUCCCCACCUGCAUCCACCAUCUAACGAGUACUUCAAUGUCUAUAACUACCAUUAACAGUAACGAGUAAUAGUAACAGUAACGAGUCGAGCAAAGAAGUGGCAAGUAGCCAAGGAAAAUGAAUAGCAGUAAUAAGUAAAGCGAAAAAGUAACGAGUUAAAGUAAAGCGAAAAAGUAACGAGUCAAAGUAAGGAGGAAUACAAUUAAUACCAGCAAACCACAAACAGUUAUAUGUAAUGAAGCGUAUUUAAUUAGGCUAAUUAUUUACACACAAAAGCCAAAAAAUAAGAGAAAACAUCCACAAGGAGCAGACAUUGCAUGGACAUUAAAUUACAGCCAAGAGUGUGUCCUAUGUCCUGUGUCCGGAAGGUUAAUUGGCACAGCAUACGUGGGUUUCAAAACGUUGAAUUGAAUAUGGCCAAUUUCCAGUUGUUCAUCAAGUGAAAAAUACAUUCAAAAAUCAUUAGAUUUCCUGGAAGAACUGUACUUUUCCCUGGGUAAGGGAUUCAAGUUAAGCCCGGACAUGGAUUAGUACACUCAAAAUAAUAAUAAAUAAAAUUAUAAUAAUAAUAAUUCGCAAAUAUUACAAACACAGACACACACAAUUCACAACUUGACAAAAUCAAAUGUGCCGAACUUUUGUAGCAAGCCAAAAAAACAAAAAAAAACAAAACAGAGAAACACAAUUUACAAGAAACGAACAAUUUAUACAAUGCCAAUAUGGUGAUUACAGCAGAAUAUAUAUACCUUUUAAACCGUAAAACCCAAAGGAAUAGUAAUAGUUCUAGUCAAUAUAUAUUAUACAUAUAUUUUUUCUUGUGUGCGAGGACUCGAGCUCCCGGGCUAACGAUAGACCUAAGCGAUUAGAAAAAUGCUAAAAACGAAAAGAAAAUAUUUCCGUAUAUUUGCCCCACAUUAAAAUACAAAUACAUACACAUAUACAUCUAUAUAUAUAUAUGUAUACCCCUAUAUAUAUAGGUAUAUAUGGUAUAUACACACCAAUUGAUAAAGCAUAGAAAAAACUUAACUCUCUUAGCAUUAAUAAAUACAAAAAUAAAGUCAGACCCGCGCACUGCAAGUGGCGCGUAAGUUGUAAGUAGUAGGAAUUAUCCAGCGCCCCGAUUUCUUCGAUUAAUUCCGAUAACUUCGAUAGACGGGCGGCACGCGUUUAAAGGUGGAACGAUUGACCACUGUUUUUGUUGUUUUCGUUCACGUUUGUUCCAAUUGUUUUAUUGACAAUUUUAGCCCCACGGAGAGAGGGAUGAGAUGCCAAUGGGAAAGGAAUAUUAAGAAUAUUAAUUAAACUAUAAAGAAAAUAAUGGAUAAAGAACUUACACUACUCGUAAAUCAAAUAUAAAGGUUAGGAAGAGCGUGAAAAACUUUUUUUUGGGUCGAAAGAAAACAAAAGAAAAAUAAGUAAAUGUGAUUGUUAUUUAACCUUAAGUUAUUAUUAAACGAAAAUGAGAAAAACUUAACUUAAACUGAAUAUGUGUGUGUGUGAAAAAGAAAACAAAAUGGAAAAAGAAAAAUAAAAAUAAAUAGAAACCAAAAAGGCCAAACGAAAUGAAGCGAAACAAAACGAUACGAAUGGCAAUGGAACGCUCAAAGGCAGAGGCACGCGAUUAACGAUUAACAAUUAACGAUUAGCGAUAGCUGGCAACUAGAGCGGGGCAUAACCCGAUCAAGAAAAUCGAUAAAAAACGAUAAAUGGUAAAUGAAAUUCAAUAUUAAGAAAGAUUGCAACCGAAACAAAACGAGAAAUACACACACGAAAGCAAAGUCAA